AUGUCUGAAUACGUUCCUUUCUAUGCAGGAAUGCGCUUGGGUCAGGGGUUCAAUUCUUACCUCCAGGAAACCCGUACACAGGAAUGCGUGGACGUGGAACAAGAUCCUCCAAGCGGCGCCUAUGCCCGGAAAUAUGAUUAUGAGGAGAUCAGAGACUACCAGAGCUUGGUCAAGUCGUUCGAGCUUUCUGCUGGUGCUGCCGUCAAACUCAUCGACAAGGGCGGCGAGGCUGGGUUCAAAUACCUCAAUAAGCGCACGUUCGAAAAAUCCACCUGGACUUUUAUUGUUCAAGUUGAGUCGGAGCAGCAGGAAAGUCCUAUCCCCAAAUCGUCUUUCAAUGAACGGGAGACCAACGACCCCAAUGAAUAUUAUGGCGACCGUUAUAUUGCUGGUUUCAAAUAUGGUGGGAGGUUCUUUGCUAGGUUCUCGAUAACCUUGACAAACCUGUCCGAGCAAGAUGAAUUAUCUGCAGAUCUGAGCCUUGCUUUCUCUAUGUACGGGGCCAAUGUAGAGCCGAGCGUCGGUAUGAGAAGGGCGGCUGAGAGGGUCGAGCAAUCCUCCGAAAUCAGUGUGACCGUCAUUGAGCAGGGUGGUGGUCAGCUCAGGAGUCCCCAUGUGGACCCCGAGCCCGGUGAAAGCACAUUCCUUAAACUGAAGGAGAUGGCCGACAAAUUCUAUGAGGAGGCCAGGACCAACCCGCACGGCUACAUUCGCGCCGCACGGCUGGACAAAUAUGCCACGCUGUCUGACUUUAAUGGUUACUUUACUCCAUUUGAUUACGACCGCGCAAGUGGCCUUAGCUGGUCCCUUUUGCAUGACUUCAUUCCGGACAACAAAUACGAUGGUGGAGUGAAUAAGAAAAAAGAACUGGAGGAAGCUCGAGUAAAAGAGACCGACAAGAUCAAACAAAAGAUCGAAGCGAUCGCGAAAGAUCCCGAAGAAGCCGAGACUCCCGUCGAGUACCCCCCUGCUAAAGAGUUCGAGUUACGAGUCUAUACGGCCAUCAAAACGUCAACCUUCAUUGUGCAGAGACUGCCGGUUGGCAGUAACUUUACCGAGUAUGCGAAUAUUCAUCUUGAUCCUGGAGCUGAGAAAAAAUUUGAGUUGCAAGCUUUUGAUUUUGACGGCGUCCUGGGAUCUACGGUCGUUUCAUUUGGCAAAUCUAGGACACACGAGGAGUAUGCAGUCCUUAUUGGUAAGCGCAUUAGCAGUGAGCCAUCCUGGGAGGAAAAAUCAGCUCUAUGGGUAUUCCAGGAGCACGUCGACGAAUACUCUGAACAGGGCAUAUUGGUUUCACGAGCGAGAAUCGAGAACCUGCUGAGGCUUCAAAAAGGCGACCCCAAAGAUUUGCCCACUCUUCCUGGAAGACCAGCCUUUUUCUUCCACGUUACGGCAGCUACCUAA